CGGGGGGCGGGGCCGGGCAGCGCCGCGGUGCGCAGGCGCAGCCGUCGGAGGGUCGGCGUUCGGCCGCCUGAGAGAUCUUGAAAACCCCAGGGUAUUGUCUCUUCCUGUCUGAAGAUGGAUAACAAGAAGCGCCUGGCCUACGCCAUCAUCCGGUUCCUGCAUGACCAGCUCCGGCACGGGGGGCUCUCGUCCGAUGCCCAGGAGAGCUUGGAAGUUGCAAUCCAGUGCCUGGAGACUGCUUUUGGGGUGACAGUGGAAGACCAUGACCUCGCCCUCCCUCAGACUCUGCCGGAAAUAUUUGAAGCAGCUGCUGCAGGCAAGGAGGUGCCGCAGGACCUGAGGAGCCCCGAGCGGACCCCGCCUUCAGAGGAGGACUCAGCCGAGGCAGAGCGCCUCAAAACCGAAGGAAACGAGCAGAUGAAGGUAGAAAACUUUGAAGCUGCCGUGCACUUCUACGGGAAAGCCAUCGAGCUGAACCCGGCCAACGCCGUCUACUUCUGUAACAGAGCUGCGGCCUACAGCAAGCUCGGGAACUACACGGGUGCUGUUCAGGACUGUGAGCGAGCCAUCUGCAUAGACCCGUCCUACAGCAAAGCCUACGGCAGGAUGGGCCUCGCUCUCUCCAGUUUGAACAAGCACACCGAGGCCGUGGCUUACUACAAGAAGGCCUUGGAGCUGGAUCCUGAGAAUGAGACUUACAAGUCGAACCUCAAGAUAGCCGAGCUGAAGCUGAGAGAGACGCCGAGUCCCACGGGAGGCGUCGGCAGCUUUGACAUCGCCGGCCUGCUCAACAACCCCAGCUUCAUGAGCAUGGCGUCAAACCUAAUGAACAAUCCGCAGGUUCAGCAGCUCAUGUCCGGGAUGAUUUCGGGCGGCCACAACCCCCUGGGGACUCCCGGCACCAGCCCCUCACAGAACGACCUGGCCAGUCUCAUCCAGGCCGGCCAGCAGUUCGCCCAGCAGAUGCAGCAGCAGAACCCAGAGUUGAUAGAGCAGCUCCGAAGUCAGAUCCGAAGUCGGACCCCCAGUGCCAGCAACGACGACCAGCAGGAAUGACCGCCCUCGUGAGUGCUCUCCCUCCCAGUGCCGCCAGCUCCUUCCCACCGACUGGAAGCCGUCUCGCAUUUUGCCGUCUUCUUCCCUUGGACCGCCUGAGAGAGAAACAGAAACAGAAAUUGGACCCGCAUGUUAAGAUGGAUUUUUAUUGCUCCCUCCGCCCCCCUCCUCCCCGUUUGUAGUCUCCCACGGCCCCCAGACCCUUCUCGAAACAGAGCCAGCAAGCUGUGAACGCAGACCAGCACUGAUCUCUCCUGGCCCCCGAAAACCCAGUCAGCAAAAGUAUUUUCUAGACUGUUCCGAGGCGGGGGUCAUCCUCAAGCCACUCUCCAGGAAGCAGCCAGUUUUGUGUCGAGCCACGUCGGGGACACCCGUGGCUCCCAGAGCCCCUUUCUGCAGCCCCACGGUCUGUCUUCAAAGGGCCUCCGCAGCCCUGUGAGAAGCCACUUCUGCGUGGACCGUGGCCUGCCCAGCCGCGCCCUGCUCGGAUGAGCUCACUGCCAGCCGCGGUCUGGGCACCAGGGUCCGCCCUGCCCCUCGGACCGCGGGUUUUCGCGUGAGGAGCUCUUCAGAGGCAUUUUCCUACGAGACGAUUUCCGUGGCCUGGCUCCCCGGUUGGGAGCAGGGGCGGGACCAUCCUGGGGUGCACGGGACCAGGUACUGGGACUUCUUCCAUUCGAGCAUUUUGAUGGACACGCGUCUCAUCUCUGAUCCUCUUAUCCCAGUACUCCUGACCGACCGACCCCAAGGGGCGGAUCACGACCUUGGGGCCCGUCCCCAGCUGGGCGUCCAGCGCACCCCCUUCGGCCCACGGGCGAUCCUGCCGGCCGGCCUGUCUGGGUCCUUGGCAGGCUCUCGGCCUGUUUGGGGCUGGGGGGACCGGCAGGGGCUCCUGGUGCCACCCGCCUUGGCCUGACAUUGCCACGUGGCCACCAGAGCUGCUUCCAGGGCGGGCAGGCCUGCCAGCCGUGACCAGGCGGCCUGCCCAGGACACGAGGCCACCGUGGAGAUCCCCACGGCCUCUGCUGGGGCGGGAUGGGGGGAGGGCAGGUCUGCUGGCACCAGUGUUGGCAGCUGGCUCGUGGGAGGUCCCCUGGUGGUCCCGGCCGUCUGCGAGGUAGAUCCAGUACUGUGUGUUGUAGGUAACUAGUAGGGAGACGGCCGCUGCCCGCCACCCGCAGUCCGUCACGCGUCUGGCGAGAUGUGUCCUGACUUGAGUGCUAGCCAUGGUGACAAGCAAAACGUGUGGGGAAUAAAUAGACAUCACGACCUCU